AUUAUCGAAAAAAGACAUGUUGUUUAUUACUCCAUCACAUCCAAAAAGGGUGAAGAGAUCAAGAUUAAUUUUCGAACAGGGGUAGACAUAGGCUACUUUUUAUCACACGGGCGAAGCUGCUAACAGAUGCAGGUAUAAAUUAUUAUUCCGCAGAUUCCGCGGCCGGAUUAAUAAUAAUUGCGCUGACAUUGCGCAGCACACGACGCCGACACACAGCAAGACGACAGCACAAUAGUCGUGGCCAUUAGUAUUUAAAUUUAUUACUUAUAUACGUAUUUAAGUAGGGCAACACUCACCUGCGAUGGCGGACGGCAGCUCAUCGGGACCUCUGUAGCCGAGGACCUUGGAUGGCGUGUCCAUGUGGGACAGGUCGGCAGCGACGCCAGGGGUAAAGGGAGCGAGAUCGUACAGAGCUAGCGUGCUCACCAGGGGGUCCAUCUUCAGCAGCAGUGAUAGAGGCUGCCCGAUACCGCCAGCUGCACCGGCAACCAUGACUUUGAAUUGCAUCUAGAGAAAAAUUUAUGUCAAUCCAAAAUUCCUAAAAAAUCGUCCGGUCCUUAGAACCAGUUUUUGGACAUCGAAUUUUACCUCAGGGCUGGUAGAAAAGUUCUUGGCUCCAUUCUGGAAUGCCACUGUGGCGAUGGGUCUCAGUGCACGGGAGAACAUUUUGCGUCGUCUGUUUUUAGUAAAAGCCACUAAUUUAUGAAGACAAUAGCAAGUCUACUUGACCCUGCCGACCUUUCGAAGAUAACUAGUGAUGUAACUUUGGUCUGUCAAUUUGGAGUUGAUGUCAGACGUCAACGUCAUCAUCUGAAUCUUAUGACAUGAAUACAGAAUGAAUAUCACGUAAUCAAGUGUAUUUAUUACAUCAAAAUGAAUGUAAUACAAGCGGUUAAAUUGUACAUUACGAGGAUGACGGAGGAGAGUGGUCCGGGAAUGAAAGUUAUUCUCAUGGACAAGGAAACGACAAGUAUUGUCAGUAUGGUGUUCAGUCAGUCUGAGAUUUUGCAAAAAGAGGUUUAUCUCUUCGAGAGAAUUGAUAGCCAUUCAAAGUGGGAUAAUAUGAAGCAUAUGAAAUGCAUUGUUUUUGUGAGACCGACUUCUGAAAAUAUUUCAUUAUUGUCCCGGGAACUGAGAUACCCAAAGUAUGGAGUGUAUUUUAUAUAUUUCAGCAAUGUUAUAUCUAAGGCAGACAUUAAGACGUUAGCCGAGUGUGAUGAGCAGGAGACAGUUAGAGAGGUGCAGGAAGUUUUUGCCGACUACCUCGCUGUGGACCGACACCUGUUCUCCUUCAACAUUGUUGGGUGCUUGCAAGGUCGCUCCUGGAACCCGCACCACUUGCAGCGUUGUGCUCAAGGCUUGCUUGCGUUACUGCUAUCCGUGAAGAGACGCGCAGUAGUUCGCUAUGAGGCAGCAUCGGAGCCCUGCGCCCGUCUCGCAGAGAGAGUGAGAGACCUCCUACGUAGAGAGGCAGUGCUCAUUGAUAACAAUAUACCAUUCAACGGAGAGAUACCAACACCACAGCUGUUAAUUAUUGAUAGAAGAGAUGAUCCUGUUACACCGUUGUUGAAUCAGUGGACGUACCAGGCGAUGGUGCACGAGUUGCUGACAAUCAACAACAACCGCGUCAGUCUGGCGCACCUGCCUGACGUGCACAAGGACUUCAAGGAGGUCGUACUCUCCUCGGAACAGGACGAGUUCUAUGCCAAGGCGAGUAUUAUAGUAAUAGGGGAUUUAUUAUAUUCAUCAUCACCAGGCUAUAAGUGCCCACUGAUAAGCAAAGGCCUCGUCUUACACGGAGAAGGAUCGUAUAAGAGUCAUAGAAUUUAUUUAUUUAAAACAAUCAUUACAGUUUUCUCCAUUGCGAUAGUUUAG